AUUCGCUCACUGUAGGUCAACCUUCUUCUGGCUAGCUUCGCUGUAUAUAGGAUAUCGGCGCAUGUGUUCAUUAAUAAUAGUUCUGGUGAUCAGACUUCGGGGGCCACUGAACGACUUAUUUUAAUAGUUUCCUUCAACAAUCCAAUCUGUAACAUGAUCCGUGUGAGGUCGACUCUUGUCUGUUCGUGGAGGGGGUUCCGGACGUUUCCACGGGCGGCCGUGGAGGUGAAGAAUGAACCGAUCCUGGGCUUCAAGGAGGGCAGUGUGGAGAGGAAGGAUCUUCUCAAGGCCCUGAGCGAGCUGAAGGGAAAGACGGAGGAGAUUCCUUGUGUGGUUGGAGACGAACGCGUGUGGACCAAAGAUGUUAGAUACCAGUUAUCGCCCUUUGACCAUUCGCACAAGGUGGCCAAGUUCUGCUACGCUGACAAGGACCUGCUCAACAAAGCCAUCCUGGCGUCGGUGGCUGCGCGGCGGGAGUGGGACCUGAAGCCGGUCCAGGACCGCGCCCAGAUCCUCUUCAAGGCCGCCGACGUCAUCAGCGGACCCAAGAGGGCCGAGAUCCUGGCCAAGACCAUGAUCGGCCAGGGUAAGACGGUGGUGCAGGCGGAGAUCGACGCGGCUCCUGAGCUCAUCGACUUCUUCCGCUUCAACGCCAAGCACGCCGUCGAGCUGCAGGACGAGCAGCCGCUGGACGCCGACGGCAGCACCAACACCAUGCUGUACCGCGGCCUGGAGGGAUUCGUGGCUGCGGUGUCCCCCUUCAACUUCACUGCUAUUGGUGGAAAUCUGGCAGGCACCCCUACUGUAAUGGGUAACGUAGUUCUGUGGAAGCCUAGCGACACAGCCAUGUCGGCUAGCUACGCCGUGUACAACGUGCUGCGCGACUGCGGCCUGCCGCCCGACAUCAUCCAGUUCGUCCCGUCGGACGGCCCCGUGUUCGGGGACACCGUCACCUCCUCGGAGCACCUGGCCGGCAUCAACUUCACUGGCAGCGUCCCGACCUUCAAGCGGCUUUGGAAGCAGGUAGCUCAGAACCUGGACAUCUACAAGAACUUCCCUCGGGUGGCUGGAGAGUGCGGCGGUAAGAACUUCCACUUCGUCCACGCCUCGGCGGACGUCCAGAGCGUGGUGAACGGGACCAUCCGCUCGGCGUUCGAGUACGGCGGGCAGAAGUGCUCGGCCUGCUCCCGGAUGUACGUCCCGCAGUCCCUCUGGCCCCAGAUCAGAGACGGGCUGCUGAAGGUCCACAAGCAGAUCAAAGUGGGCAAUCCCGUGGAAGACUUCAGCACCUUCUUCUCAGCUGUGAUCGAUGAAAAGUCCUUCGCCCGCAUCAAGAAGUGGCUGGACCACGCCCGGUCCUCCGCCGACCUCACCGUCAUCGCCGGGGGCAACUGUGACGACCGGAAGGGCUACUUUGUGGAGCCCACUAUCAUCCAGGUCAAGGAUCCUCGGGACCCCCUCAUGAGCGAGGAGAUCUUCGGGCCCGUUCUGUCGGUGUACGUCUAUCCUGACAACGACUACAAGGAGGUUCUGACUCUGGUGGACACCACCUCCCCCUUCGCCCUGACCGGGGCGGUGUUCGCUCAGGACAAGAAUGUGGUCGCAGAGGCAGCCAAAGCUUUGAGGAACGCGGCCGGGAACUACUACGUCAACGACAAGUCCACGGGCUCCGUCGUGGCCCAGCAGCCCUUCGGGGGCGCCAGAGCUUCAGGAACCAACGACAAGCCGGGCGGCCGUCACUACGUGCUGAGGUGGACGUCGCCGCAGGUCGUCAAGGAGACCUUCGCCCCGCUGAAGGAGUGGAAGUACCCCUACAUGAGCUGAGCUGGGCGCGUCCCAGCCCCUCUCCCUGUCCCUCUCCCCGUCCUCACUCCCUCCCGCCCUCCGUCCGUCCGUGGUCCCCGGUUCGAUUCCCUCGUCAGCGGUAAAGAGGCUCCGAGAUUCGUCACUGAAAGGCCAUCAGAAUGGGUUGAGAUGAAGACGCUUCACAGACUCUUCUUCUUCUUCUUCUUCUUCUGUCAUCAGAGCGUUUCUUUGUGGUCGCCCGUCCACCAACGAGCUUGGACUGAACUAUGUUCAAACGGGGGUUGCGCAAUUCUAUAUUUUUAGCUGUUUUGAAAUGGAAACUGGAGGCACCGGUCGGCUCUGCUUUGCACCCCUCAGAAUCUCAGGGUUCGUCGCCCUGGUUACAGUUUUUAUUCAAGCGUUUGAGGUUUGAUCACCGGUGGAAUUAGUUCAAGACAUACCUCUUGGAGACAUACCUCUUUUAAAUUAAACAUAUUUUAGCCGUAUGAAACAAAAACAAAGUUCUUCAUAGGAACAUAAUAAUUAACCAUAACAAUUAUGAAUAGAAACCCCAAAUAUGUAUUUUUUUUUUAAUCCUGAUAAAACAGAAGCCAUAGUGAUGUUGAGCGUUUGUAUGCAAACGUAAAAUCUUAAUGUAACAUUGGCCAACUGCUCAUCCGUCCAGAUUACCUUGGUUCGGUUUUAAAGUCGUUUGUUUGUCUCUAGUUUGGUUUUUCGCUAUUGCAUCCAGAAGGCUAACGAUACGCUAGUUAACCUAGCUAACACUUGCUAUAUAACAACAACUGUAAUGCUAACGAUAGCCUCCCACGUAGCAUAUGCACUUCCUGUUGACCUCCAGAGCUAAGAGGUAUGCUGCUAUCCAUUUGGAUGGUACGCUGGUACGAACGACCAGCGUACCAGCGAGAGCGUGACGUAUUUCCCUUGCUCCAGCCUUCCAGUUUGUCAUUGGUGUUUCUGUCAAGCCGAUUGUUCUGCUGGGAACUUGUUACAAUUGGUGCUUCUAACUAACUGCACUUUCAAAUGAGACAUAGCGUCCAGAGUGAAUUCUUUGAUCGGAUCAACAAAUCUGGAAAAUAAUAGUUUUGUUUAUUUUCCAGGAAGGAGGGGGAUGGCGAGGAGUGUGUUUUCCUCAACGAUACUUUUGUGCGUUUUAAUCUUUUGUCUAUAAUAUAGCAAAACAGAUUUUAUCGUCUUCAAAAUGUGCCUGUGUUUGCCACACACUGUAAAAUAAUUUAGGGCAGAAUGUUUUUGAUAAUAGCCUAUUAAAUUAUUAGAUAAUGAUACACCUCUAUCCGGAGUUUUAUUUAAGGGUUCUUGUAACAUGUCGAACUGUCGAGUUCACCCAACAAGACUGGAUCUGGAACUAUUCUGGGUCCUGGGGAAACAUAUUUUCUGACAAAGAUAAAAAAAAAUACAAAAUUCUUAAGACCACAAACUUGCAUUUUUGGUGUCACAACCCUUUAAAUAUUCCACCACUCAGCUUUCAUUAGUAGUCAAUUCAUUGUUGUGAAUCCUGAAGGCAGUGUCUGUGUAUCAACUACAGGACCGUUACUUCAACUUUAAAAAAAGGUCUUAAAUUUGCCAUCAAAUAUCGAACUUAUGAAGCACCAACCACACCCACACCUUAAUGCAAGUUUGGACAGCACUAACCAAACAACCCAUUCAAUCGCUGGUGGCCAUCCACUAGAGGGCGAUAUGGAGUCCGCUCCUGCUUUUCGAUCAAUUAUAUUGUGAGCAGCCUAUAAUUAAUGUUGUGCAAUAAUAUGGCUAAUAAAAGGCCUAAUUUAGCAUGUUGAAUUAAUAAUACUCUGAAAAGCGCAUCAAAAUGCUGUUGUGAUAUGUCAUAUCAAGGUGAUGAACUCUGACCAAAGCAAGUGGGGGCUGCUGAACCGGGUAUCUGGACUCCCUAUCACACAGCAAUGAGAUGGACCUUUCUUCCAUUAAACAGGCUUUUGCUCAUAAACAUUGCCAUACACACAACUUAUUGUAAGAGUGAAAGUCAAGUCCCAAAUGGUGUGUGUGCCCCCCUCUCGCUCUCCCCCUGAUGAAGGCUAGCUCUGUUGCUGAAAGAGUCUUCAUUGUUGUCAUAAUUCUUCUCAUGAAACAGAACGUGGUAAGAGUGUGGUAAACCAGUGAGGAAUCCUCCCCCAACCCAGUAAUGUACUGUAGACAUAAAAACCAUCACCACCACAUUUUUGACCUUGUCGCGUAGUGAGGAAGCACGCCAUGAAAUCCACAUUUUUAUUAAGAAUGCUGAACAGAUAUUUUUAGAACAGAUACAAUUUGAAUAUGAAUGUGUUGGUAUUUCUUAAAAAUAGCAGUUGAA